AUGGAUUCCAAUACUCCGGUUAUCUUUAAGGUGACUUGCUCUAACGAGCCCGCAGUACUGCGUCGCCUCACCUUUCCAAAGAUAGCUGACGUUUCUUAUCAAGCUUUACACUCAAAGUUAUCUCAAAUUCACAAAACCAAUAACUUUAAAAUUCGUUAUACGGAUGAGGACGAAGACGUAAUUAUUAUUGAUAAUGAUCAUGACUUGCGAGAAGCCAUAGAACAUAAUAAGUCCCUUUCUAAGGACAGUCCUCGUCUUGUUAUCUGGUUGACUUUGGAAGAAGUAAAACCUCACCCUUUUAUCAAUAAGGAGCUUCCUAGUCUUCCUGAUCAUAGUUCUUCCGAUACUGAUCCAGACAAAGUACCAACCUCCAACGAGUCAAAUGCAAGCUACAAUGAUUUCCAUGAAUAUCUGUUCGAAAGUGUACUAAAUCCGGGAAUCAAAAAUAUACAAGACAUUGUACAGAACAUUGUUACUCAAGUUAGCAAUACUUUUGAAAAAGAGUUUGUAAGGGAUUCAUUAGAUCUAAGUUUGAAAAGAUCCACCCAAUUCCAAUCUUCAAAUGUUAUUAUCGAGUCCGCUCAAGUUACCAAUGAUACUACCAACUCAUCAAAUUCAUCAAAGAUUGGUGAAACCCGUCAAGUACAAACACCAAUGUCACGAGCAUCUUCAGGUCCCGCUGUUCAUGAUGAUGUUAUGUGUGACUGGUGUAAAGCAAUUAUUCGUGGAACGCGCUGGAAAUGCAAUGACUGUUUAAAUUAUGAUCUCUGUCAAACUUGCAAAAACCAAUCUCCAAGUGUACAUGAACAUCAAAAUUUCGUACCUAUUCCAUACCCUGCAAGAAAUCGAAAUCGUCAUCCUCCCCUUGCCCCAACCCAACAUCCGGGUCACACUUUUAUGAAAAUUCAUAGAGCCGGUGAUCCUGAAAUUAAGAUUCCAGAUUCUGCGUUCCACCCUGGAAUUAGAUGUGACGGUUGUAGGAAAGCUAUCAAUGGUGUUAGAUAUAAGUGUGGCAAUUGUCUUGACUUUGAUUUGUGUGGAAAUUGUGAAGCGAAUCCCAUCAGCAAGCAUGAUGAAAAUCACGUUUUCAUAAAGAUCAAAAAACCCGUGUCACAAAGACUUCGAACAGAUAAACCAUUAUUACAUGAUUUUUAUUCGAAAGUUGAUCAAAAAACCUACCGUUCUAGAGAUUGUAAACAGUCUUCUCAAUCAAAUAAUGUUCAUAAAGAGAUGGAAUCUGUACCGAGACAAACUUCUUUGGUCAAUGCUAACUCUGAUGCAUCGAGCUCAAAUUCUUUCAUUCCUUUAAUCAGUCCCAUUAGUCCCAUUAGUAGUGAUGAUUCUACUAGUGAAAAGGUAAUAAUCAGCCGUGCUCCAAUCGAUUUGUAUAACUAUACUCUAGGGGCUAAACCAAUUAUUUCAUCCUCGUCUCCUGAAAAGCUUGAAAAAGAAACAAUUCAAACUCAUACUACUCAAGUUACUCCUUCUUCUCCUUUAUCAAAUGUAACAACCAUUAUCUCUCAGGAUGAAGUUUGCGAUGUUUCUGUAGAAAUCCUCACUGAAAAAAGGCUAAGUGCCAAAUUUAUUAGUGAUGCUAACGUUCCUGAUGGCACUAUUUUAGUCCCUCAGGUUCAAUUCCGCAAGAUGUGGAUCAUGUCUAAUGAUGGUGACGUUGCUGUAAGCUUUUAA